AUGGAGGGAUUGCCUUCCGGCGAUGUGCAGGCCAAGUAUCAGAAGUUAGCAUCUGAGUAUUCGAAGUUAAGGGUCCAUGUUAAAGUGCUCAAAAAAGGUGUCCUAGAUGAGCAGGCUAAGUCGAAUGAGCUCAGAGAAUUAUUAAAAGAAAAAGAGAAAAACCUUAGAAAAGGCGAAUUGGAAAUAGAUUCCCUAACAUUUAGAAAUCAGCAAUUGACGCGACGCGUUUCCGUCCUUCAAGAUGAACUUGAUAAUCUCCAGUCAAAAUCAACAAAGAAAUCAAAGAGUAAAGAUGAUAAGCAAGCAGCCAGUAACGUCGCCCCACUUGACUCGGGGGUUCUGCAAGAGGAGCUCCAGAAAAAGAUUAUUGAAAAUGCCCAAUAUGCUUCUCAGCUUUCAGAUAAGUCGUUUGAGGUGUCACAACUGCAGGCCUCUUUAGAAGACUUACAGAGGCAUACAAGUGAAAGUGAUAGUAGGUAUAAGUGUGAAAUCGCUAAACUAAAGAAUAAGAAUCAGGAAUUGCAAUAUGCACUGGAAGAAAUUCAGAGAGAGAGGGCGGGGAACAUUCAUAAAACACUGAAUAAUCAAACGCUCAGUUGUAACGGAGACUUCCUGUCUGAAGGAGGUAGUUUGGUUGGAAGUGAAGAUGCGUUGAGUUCUGUCGACGAUUCAAACAUAAAUGAACAAUUGAGUACAAAAGCGCAUACAUUAGAACAGGAAAAUGAAAAACUCCGUAUGGAAUACGAGAUUCUGAAAAUGGAAAAUGAGAGCCUUAAAUUAGAUUUAAGUAAAUACGUGGCGGCGUCCCAGAAGAGACGAGGAGAUACUUUAGACUCCGGGGACUUUAAUACAUUCAGUGAGACUUCUGUUGAUGCUGAGGGCAGAGUGACAGGUCUUCUGGGAAGCCUUCAGGUGCCGUUCCUGGCCAGCGAGGAAAUGCAGCAAAGAGAGAGUAGGAUCACUCGCUACUAUCAAGAUAAACUGAGCAAACUGAGCAUCCAAAGGGACGAGCUCAGCAGCAAAACUGAGCAUUAUACUAAAGAGUGUGAAAUGCUUCGUCUGCGGUUCGAUGAGCUCGAAAGAGAAAAGGAAACAGACGCGAGGGUCCUGGAAGAGAAACAUAACACCAUCAGCAGACUGGAGGAAGAACUUCAGUCCACGUCUCGCAACUACGAGCAUCAACUGCGGGUGGUGAGCGAGCACGUGGCGGCGCUCAACGACAAGCUGGCUGAGAAACAGAGGCGCAAGUAA